CGUUGCCAGGGGCAACACAAGCACCAGGCGACGCAUACGGGCAAAGUCACGAUUAACUUUUUACCUUGACAACUUUCAGAUUAUUUCAGUGUUUUGUGUUGUUCUGAAUGUAGAUGAUCGUCACUGAGUGGAAAUGCCAGCAAAGCCAGCUAAAAAGGGAUCAGCCAAAAAGUCCAAUGCUGCUGGAAGCGCAGGUGUCAACAAGAACUGGGAGACUGGUCUCACCAGAGCACCGUUUGAAGAGGAGUCAUGGCAGGCCUGCGUGUCUCUUGUGGUUGGGAGAAGUCCAGAGGAUGAGAAACUGAUCCAGGCUUUGGCUUUGGCCGUAAGGCAGCCACUACGAAAACUUUUCAACUUGUUGACCUGGGAAAGCACCCUUGCAGAGAUCCAUGAACUGGGGAAUCCCAAAGCAAAAAAACCUGAUGAUGUCCCCACGUUCUAUGAGGUUACAGAGCCUGCUAAGGCACUGCUGGAGGCAGGAGAGGAGAUUCCCUGUGACCUGAUGGCAAAAAUACUGAAGUUCCAGCUGCUACAGAUCAAAGCCAAUGAUCAGCAGCGGAGGGAAGCAGAGCAGGCAGAGGAGGAAGUGGUUAAGGCCGUCCCUCCCUCUGCCAAGAAGGACAAAGGUGGGGCCAAUGUCUCUGACAAAAAGGGGAAAACUCCGCCUCCACCUGUUGGACCUUCUAAGGAAAAGAAGACCAAGCUUAAACGCAGGGAUGAUGUUGAGCCACCAGUGUUUAUAGGUGAUGAACCAGAGGAUGGUCCUCAACACUACAUCCUGGUACUGGGCUUCUACCAGCCCCACCUGAUUUGGGAGCUUAAUGCCAUUGGUGUACAUGUAGCCAACGUCAUCAAAUUGUGUUCAGAGCACACACAAACUUCUGAAGGGCAGCAGGAAAAACACACCUGUGAGAGCAAUAAGCAGAGUCUGAGAGCUUCUCCAGUUUUGGAUGCAGAAGCAGAGGUUCACAGUGGUGGAGAGCUGGCUGUGCAGGCCAGGAAGUUGGAUCUCUUCUGGUCAGGUCUGAGACUACUUUUGGACAGCGGUCCACCAGAGUCCAAGCUCCAUGAUGUGGUUCAGCUUGGCUACACUGUCCCUGAUCUCUUGCCUCCCUUCCACAUGCGGGACCCUGAGGCUGAGUUGCAGAUUGGAAGCCAGAUCUUUGAGGGUGUGGCCAAUCUCAUCUAUGACUGUCUGGACUGGCGCAGGCAACAUCAGCACUACCUAGACCACAUCAAACUCAUCAGUGUACCCACUGUUGUUGUGUUGGAUCCACAGCCUUCACAGGUUGUGCCGCCCCCUCUGCCCGUGAGUCCACUCUCCAAGAAGAAAUCAGUGCAGGAGGAAAGCCCACCAGAGAGAGAGACCGAGAGGCAUCCUCUUCCUACAGACGUAGACAAGCGUUACUAUAGCAACCUACUCGACCUGGUUCCCCCUGAAGCCUGCUCUGUGCCUCUAAUCUUGCACAGUAUGCUGGAACAGGUGGUGAUGUCAACAGAAAGGGCUUUGUCCACACGGUCCCAUGUGGCUGAGGAGUCCAAACCUCACAGUGGUCCUGGGUUAGACCAUCAGCUGAUCAGCUUCAUACUCCAAAGCUUCCUGCCUCUGAUGCACACAAAAGAGGAGAGAAGCCACAUGUUAAAUAGCUUGCUGACUACAGCACAGAAUGAAGAAGACAAGAAGAGGCUAGCGGAGACGUUCGGAGCAGAGGAGACUCAGAAGAAGUCUGAGCACCCUCUGGUUAUCAGACACCACGAUGAGAGGGCACUGCGCUUGAGGGAUAUCAGUGCUGUUCAGGGUUUUGAUCCAUCAGAGGUGGAGUUGUCCAUGAUGAGGCUGUCUCCAGUGUGGGAUCUGAUCCACCCUGUAGGUCAGCAGAGAAACAGCAACUCCUGCUGGAUGGCAAUCAAACAGCAGCUACAACACUACUGCACAGAUGAUGUUGUGUCAUGGCGGGACGUGGAGCGUUUGUUUCAUCAGAGUGUGUUUGAGAGCAUGCCACUGACCAGGGUGGACCAAAAGGGUGUACUACUGAAUGCUCCUGGGCCAAUAGGAACACUGGGAGCAGCACAGCAACCGACACCUACAAUCAUCCCCUGGGACAACCCACAAUCCUACGCUAAACAGCAGCUGAAUAUCCUACAGGCUAAAGGUCUGACAUUUCUCACUGAAGAUCCUGGUAACACAGAGCAGGUCAUUGGGAGAGUUCAAAGCCAGCUGGACUUAUCUGCCAUUCAGAGUUGUAGGCUGAGAUCUCUGUUUGACUGGCACUAUGCUGAACACCACAAUGCCUCUAUUUUUCCACAGGUACUCCUGUUAGCAUCAGAAGAAUACCGCUGCUUGGAAACUUUCAGAGGAAGUCUUAACAACAUCCUUUACAUUUUCUGUCACAAUCCAAUGAGCCCUUAUCGCCAGUGCAAGGAGUUCUGGGAUGUAGCCCUUCACACUGAUGUCAAGUUCAGGAAUUACCUGGAGCAUGUGGCAGAUACCAUUUCAGAUUGGACAAAAGAGGAGGAAAUAAAGAGAGAAGCAAUGCAACUUGGAAAUAUCACCCCUGCUGAGUCUGCAAAAGAUGAAAUGGCAGCAGAUUCUGCAAAGGAGGAGGACACUCUGGAGCCAGUCAUCAGAAAAGACUCCCUUAAAGCCUGGAAGUUGGAGCAGGAGCGGCUAAAGGAGGAAGAUAUGGCCAAGAAAUCAAAGAAAGAGAAUACACUGAAAGGCAAGCAGCAGAAGGAGGAGGCUGGGUUGCCGGACAACAAGAAAAGUAAAACUGUGUCUAGUGGCAAGAGCAGAGCAGAGACAGCUGGCAGCUCAGCAAAGACUCCAACAGAGUCCAUUAGUACCACAGCGCCCCCUGUGGAGGAAAAUGAAGAACUGCAUCCGACAGAGGAACCCUUCAAUGGUUUCACAGGAUACAGCACAGAUGGAAGGUUGAUCCACGUGUCAGGUUGUCUUCAGUACCUUUUCCCUUCAGAUGGAGGACAUAUCACUGUGGAGAAUGUCAGCUACGUUGAAGGUUCCAGCUUGAUGAAACUGGCCGUGAAGAAGGAUGGGCAUCAUUUCUUCACACACAUCAACCAAGUUGUUGUUGUUGAUCCACCAAAGCCUCCCCCUCAGCCACAAGAAAAAGAAACCAAUGGCAAAAAAGAAGAUUUUAAAGUGUCACAGCCUGUGGAGAUGAAAAGGAUGAGGCAGGGCUCCCUCUCAGCAGUGUUAGACAAUGGAAUCCACCUCUCAUACAGUUUCUUUGGCCCCACAGGAGAAUACAUAGUGAGUCCCCAGGAAAAAGCAGGGGGGUCACCAGAGACAUCCACCUCUGUCCCCAUUCCUGUCUCCUCCUCCACCCACCGCACCAAGGGGACAGACCUGGAUUCAUUUCCUCCGGAGUCCCAGGAUCCACAAAAGAACACAUGUUCUAAGGUGUGUGAAGGCCAGCCAGCACUGCCAUCAACUCCAUUCAACAGUCUCAACCUGUCUGUUCCUAAUGGCCUACUGCUGAAAUUUCUGCGAGAGGACACACAAGGAGUGUCCUCGGAAGACCAGGGUAUGUUGGUGAAACAGAGCUUUCCUCUUCAUGGUAGGGGAGUUGUAGGUCAUCUUCAGGACCCAUCCCUCUCCAAAGAAAUGUCCCGCAUUGUCACCAGCGAGGGAGCUGUGAUCCGAUACAUGAGAGACCGGUCCACAGAGGUUCUGUUUGCAGACGGCUCAGUCAGUUUCAGCCAGGAUUCUGGUCCAGUGUGGGUUCCUGACUCCAAGAUUGAGGAGGAAAACACGUCCCAAGAAACUGAGGACAACAAGAAAGAACAGAGCUCAGAGAAGGAGGCUAAUGUUCAGAGAGGGUGUUGGUUAACAACGACUCCAUCUGGAGCUCGCAUCAACACUGUGGGGACCACACACAAAUACACACCCACCACGCCCCUUCUCACCUUCACGGCUACAGACCCCAUCACCCAUGCGGUGAUGCAGAGCCGGGAGGAUCUGGUGGUUUCUGUCCAGAACCCAGACGGAUCUCUAAGUGUAGAACAUGCAGAUGGAACCAGGAUCACCAGUCUCUACCAAGACAGACCACCAAACACACCGCAACACAUACUGCUGCACACAGGGGAGCAGCCUGAGAGUGUGACCCUUCAAUCAACUAAUGAAUGUGCAUGCGGCCACGCCGAGUGUGUGUGUGUCACGCGCUGUGCAGACAGCGUUAAUGAGAACGUGCACAUCCAGGAUACUUGUGACAACAGAGAAGACGUUAUCAUGGGCAGUACAGGGAACGCAUGUGAUGAAGAGGGCGCUGGAUACGCUCGUACAAAGUUGAGCGAGUGUGAGUCGGUGUGCGAUGAAAGGGAGAGUAGUGUGUAUGCAGAAGAGACUGUGGCUGAGAAUGGUAAGAGGAGUGCAUGUGAGAGCAAUAAGGGGAGUGUGUCUUCCAAAGAGCGGGUGUUGCUGGUGGAGAAAGAGGGCUGCGCCACAGUGGUGAUGUACCCAGAGCGACACACGGCUCAUGUCUUUUUAGCCGAUGGAACCGUCAUCACUGGAAACAACCAAGGAGCCUAUCAGGUGUUCCCAUCCAGUGUGGGGCUCCUGCAGAUCCGAAGUGAUGGGAAGUGUGUGUACUCGUCUGACACACUUGUAACCCCCAGUCCAAAGGGUGACACUCCCACAAACCAACCUGGCAGCUACACAAUGUGUCAUUCAGACAAAGUGGCCUGUGACAUUACAGACCCUGAUGGGAACCACUUCCAGGUGAUGGAAGACGGGCAGUUAUCAAUAUUGAACUUCAACCCUGCUCCAAGCGCACUUAAACAGGACGAGGAGGAGCCAGAGGAGGAGGACAGAGAAAUCGCCAGGAUUAAUGUAAAACACAGAGGACAUUAUCCCAGGCUUUUUCUGGUGCAUGAGGAUGGUUCAGGUACAGAACUACUGAGCUCUCAAAGCGUAGAGGAAGUGCUCUACCAGGCAUACUCUGACCCUACCAUAGCACUGCAGCGGGAACCACUGCCAGAUACACAAGAUGAGUUCGGCGUUACAAUCCUAAAGCCUUGCCGCUGCAGUGUGUGGUCCCAGUGGUUGCUAGAGAAACAGAAACCUGACAUCACCCCUCCCAACCUCAGAAGCCGCAGCUGGCACGACUUCCCCAGAGUAGAGAAGAAGAGCCCAGGUCCUCCAUUUGGUACCAACAUGGGACGAGGUUUGACUCUGAGAGAGCGGUCUGGUGGUUCUGCAGCAGAGCGUCAUCCUGUCAGGAGCUGCCCUGAAGUCCUAGAGAUGAGGGAACUUUACCAGCAUCGACCAUUCACCACACCACUCAAAAAUAGUGUAGACACACGACUGAAGGAAUACAUAGAGUGUUUGAUGGAGAGGGAGCAGCGAUCAGAGGAGAUGAAAGUUAAAGACCCUCGUACUGAGGAGGAGGGUGUUCAUGCCAGUGUUCUGCUCAACCUGUUCCUGUCUUUUGCAGAAGAAGAGGAUAAAGGUCACGCCUUUCACCAGAGGACGUCAGUGGACAUAGCCAAUCUGUACAGCCAAGGAGUUGGAACCCCAGCUGAGCAGUCGGAUGUUUCAGAAGACACAGCCACCGUAGCUAGUGACAGUUUUGCUAAUGAAAAAAAGUCAAAAUGGAUGGAAAGACUUGCACAAUAUAGACAGGAGAUGUGUGAGGAGCGGGCUUUUAGAGAGGCUCUCAUGAAGAAGAGCAUUGUUCCUUUUUUCCACCCAGAAAAUAUUCCAUUAUACCAGAACCUGCUACAGCACCAAACAGGAGACAUGAGGAGUAUAUCCAUGGAUCUCCCUCCAAUCCCCAAGUCAGACAGUGCUGAGGCCUUCCCUAAAGAUGACCCACAAGAGAACACACCACGACCCUUAAACCCAACACCCUCUCAAUCUGCAAGUCAAGCAGCAGGAAGUGACAGGAUGCUUGAAAAAAGACCCACCAACCCCACGCCUAAGACUGCAGGUGAAAGCAGUGUGAGGGGUUUAUCUGGCCAACAUAAGUCAAUCCAGGUGGAUGUGACUGGAAAGCCCAGGAGGACUAAAGUCAGACUACCAGCCUCGAUCCUCAGCUCUAAAGCUUGCAGCAUACCAAAUCAACAGUUCCUGUCAGUGGAAGAGCCGGUGAGGAGGAAGUGUCGAACUAUUUCUCUGACCGAGCCAAAUGUCAUAGUGAGGGGAUUCCAGCUCCUGCCGUCCAGAGUUGACUUUGGUGCAGUGCAGGAGGGCACCUCCUCGGCCAUUACUGUGUUGAUGAAGAAUGUGGGUGUUGACACCUGCAGGUUCCAUGUGAAACAGCCUCCUCCUGCUACAGGCCUCCGGAUCAUCUACACUCCUGGACCUGUGGCUGCAGGUCUGCAUGUUGAAUUGCAGGUUCAGCUGUUUGCCAUGUGUGUGGUCCAAGCAGGAGAGGUAGAGCCAAAGAAGUACUUCUCCCAGGAUAUUAUCAUCCACACUGAGACAGACAUCAUCUACCUGCCUGUCACUGCUACCAUCCUUCCUAAGAGGUUGUAUGACAUUUGGCUCAAGGACAACACCAGUGCACACAACAAAAAAGGCUCCAGGGUCCGUCAACUGUCUUCCAGCCUGCCAAUUGAACGGGGCCCCAUACAACCAUGCAAACGGCCCAGUGCCGUCCUGACCAGUCCUUCAGCAAACACUGGACACCCUAGUCUCUGAGGAAUCACCAAUCUGAUCAGAUUUCACAUCAUUCAAGUAUUCAUCUCAUCGUCACCCUACAACAUUCCUGUGUUUUAUUCCACAAAAAUGAAAUAUUAAAUGGAUUUUUAUAUCUUCCUCUGUUACAAAUAAAAGCUUUAUCAACUCUUGAAUAAAAAGUAGCAAAUG